AUGAGAGUGGAAGACUCAAAGUCAAAGUCGUCUCACCAUCCCCAACAAUACUUCUGGUUUGCAACCAUCUUCUCUUUCUCCAUCACUGAUCAUCUCACGUUCUUGAUCAACAGGAAUGAAUCAGAUGCCAAUGAUCAUCGCUACAGUAAAGGUGAUAUAGUCCCCUUCUAUGCCAACAAAAUUGGGCCAUACUUUAAUUCUAGAGAAACGUAUGCUUAUUAUGAACUUCCAUUUUGUUCUCAAGAUGUUGUGAAAGAGAAGAAGCUUAAUUUAGGAGAGAUGUUGAAUGGAGAUCGUCUUAUUUCAACUCCAUAUAAGCUUGAAUUCCUUGUGGAUAAAGAUUUUGAAGUCUCAUGCAAUAAGACACUGAGUAAAACAGAUGUUUCUAUGUUCAGAAGGGCUAUAGAGAAGAACUACUUUAUGCAAUUGCACUAUGAUGACUUGCCAAUAUGGGCUUUUAUAGGAAUGAGAAAUGACGGAAAUUUUAAUGGAAGGAUCAAGACAGAGUAUUCGCUUUACAAACAUUUUGAUUUCGAGGUUUUUUACAAUAAGGAUCAAGUUAUUAAGGUGAUUCUACAAAUGGCAAAUUCAUUUGCAGACGUUACAGAAGACAAGGAAGUUGAUGUUGGCUUCACAUACUCUGUUAAGUGGACAAUGACACAACAAUCAUUUGAUAGGAGAAUGGAGAUAUACAUUGAUUCUACCAUUUUACCUCACAACAUGCCGAUACAUCAUCACUCAAUUACAUUCUCAAGUGUCACACUCCUCAUUCUGAUCGUAUCCUUACUCACAUUUUACUUACUCGUCCUUCGCGAAGACAUUUCCAAGAACUCAGUCGAUGUGGAAGAGGAUCAAGUGAUAAAUAAUCAAGAAGAGAUAGGAUGGAAGAAUGUCCAUGGUGAUGUAUUUAGAUUCCCACAACACAAGUCUUUAUUUUCUGCGGCUCUUGGUGCUGGAACCCAGUUGCUUGUAGUGAUCGUAGCAAUUCUAGGUCUUGGGGUCCUAGGUGUUUUUCAGCCCUAUAUGCGAGGAGUAUUCUGGAACGCACUUAUCAUUGUAUAUGCAGUUACAUCUUUGGUCUCAGGAUAUACUUCUGUUUCUUUCUAUUGUCAACUCGAAGGAACCAACUGGAUAAAGAACCUAUUAGUGGCAGGAGGAUUAUAUUUCGGGCCUCUCUUACUUACUUUUACUUUCCUAGACAAUGUUGCCAUUUAUUAUGGAUCAACUACUGCAUUACCAUUAAGAGCAAUAGUCAUGCUAUCUCUCUUGUGGAUAUUCAUAGCAUCACCAUUGCAUCUUUUAGGAGGCAUUAUUGGGAAAACCAGAGUGUCUGAAUUCCAAGCUCCCUGCAAAACUGCUAAAAUUCCUAGAGAGGUUCCUAAGUUGCGUUGGUAUAGGGGUGUUCUCCCUCAGAUGGCUUUAGCAGGAAUUUUGCCUUUCAGUGUCAUCUAUAUUCAGUUGUAUUACAUAUUUACAAGUGUUUGGGGAUAUAGCGUUUAUACACUUUAUGGUAUUAUGUCCAUAGUCUUCAUUCUUCUUCUCAUCAUGACUGCUUUAGUUUCUGUGGCACUUACAUAUUUCCAGCUUGCAGUUGAAGAUCAUCAAUGGUGGUGGAGGUCAUUUCUGUGUGGAGGCUCUACUGGAUUUUAUUCGGUGAGGUUCAAGCAUGGUAACAAGGCAGUGCAAGCUGUAUGUCAGGGAGACAGACCAUUAUCGAAUUCAGACUUUGGGAAGGCAAAAGUGGUUUACGAAAGCUUAAGGUAUGAGAUGAUUAGGGUCGCUCCUCCUCAGCUUCUUUCACUCCCAAGACCUCUAGAAACCCUAAUCUCAGCCCCCAUUAAAGUUCUUGGUCAUUUUGGUGUUAUUCAAGAGAUUUUGGAGGCUUUGAAGCUCAUUAAGGAGAAGAAGAUCAUUAGUAUCAGAUAG